AUGGAUGUAGACCAACUCCAGUCGCAGCCGCAGCUCCAACCUUCCGAACAGUCCCCUACCUCCCUCUCACCCUCCGCCCAACUCGACCUCGCCAUCACUCUUAUCCUGCACAACUGGCCCGUCCUCACCCUCGCUGUCCAAUCCUCAUGGGGCGGCCCCACCUCCUCCGAAAAGCGCGACUGGUUCUGCGCCGCCAUCGCCGAACUCUUCACCGACCGUCCCGAAACCGAUGCGAUAGACCUUGAGGAAGUCCUGCUUCAGGUGAUGAGCGACGAGUUCGACGUCGUGGUGGAUGACGGGAGCGCCGCCGAUAUCGCGGACCGGGUCGUGGAGCUCAAAGCGGAGAUCGAGAAGGGAGACCUGGCCGGAGUAAACAAGAUGUGGGAGGCCUGGAAACAAAAGGAGCUCAGGGGUGGCGGAGACGGAAAUGCAAGCCUUGGGCUGUUCAGAAAGGUGGAGAUGCGGGAUGAGGAUCAGGAGACGGAUGAAGACGAAGACGACGACGAGCAUGAGGACGGGGAUGUGGCGAUGGAGGAUGCACCUGCUCCCAGGCCGCAGCGGGAGAGGACAGAGCCGGAGGUUGACGAGGACGGCUUCACAAAAGUCGUUGGGAGGAGGAAAAGGUGA